AUGGAUAAUGCUUCAGCUGUGACUGUCUUCACUAUGUCAGGGUUAAGUGGAGUAGAGAAUUACAGGAUCCCUGUAUUUAUUGCAACUUUUUUGUAUUACAUUAUCAUCUGGAUAUCAAAUGUGACUAUUAUAAUGACUAUUAUAAUGGAUAGGAACCUCCACGAGCCUAUGUACAUUUUUCUUGUUAACCUGUGCCUCAGUGGACUGGUUGGCACUGCAGGUUUUUACCCCAAGUUCCUCAGUGACCUCCUCUCCUCUGCUCAUGUGAUUUCAUUUACUGGUUGCCUAAUUCAAGGAUCUGUGCUCCAUGCUUAUGUUGGUGCUGAUUUGUCUAUACUUUUACUUAUGUCUUUUGAUCGAUAUGUGGCAAUUUGUCGACCUCUUGUGUACCACUCUGUGAUGACAAGACAAAGAAUUGCAAUAUUAAUAUUUUUUGCUUGGUUUUUGCCAUUUGAGUUACUUUCCAUAAGUCCAAUGCCAUUAAUUAAUGUGAAGCUUUGUGGGUCACAUAUCCCCAAAAUCUACUGUAUUCAUCAUUUAGUACACACACUUGCUUGUACUCCAUCUAUAGCAGCAGUAGCAUUCCCAGCUUUUAAUUACACAUUUUACUUCUGCCAUUUUAUUGCUAUUUUUUUGUCCUAUAUUCACAUCAUAAAGACAUGUAUCAAAUCCAAAGAGAACCAAAUUAAAUUUAUGAAGACAUGUUUACCCCACAUUUUAUGCCUCACAAUCUUUGUUGCUUCUGUGCUGUUCGACUUGAUGUAUGUUAGAUUUGGCUCAAAUUUAAUGUCACAAAAUUUUCAGAAUUUUAUGGCCAUUGAAUUUCUGAUUUUUCCCCCAAUCUGUAAUCCUGUUAUAUAUGGCCUAAAGUUGACAAAAAUUAGGAACCAAUAA